AUGCUCCCCACUCUAACAGCCACAUUCAGCAACCUCGACGGCGAAGUCGUAACGGAAAACGGGGCGCGAUACGAAUUCGUCGUGUUCUUCCGGGCGGCGUUUGAGACGCAGCAGAUGAUCCAUAUCGAUGGACCCGGCGAGCUAACCCGAGACUCGGAGGAUGAGAUUCAUGCGGUGUGGGGUGUUGUUUAUCAUGCGGCGAACCAUGGGGUUACGGGUGGGUGGAAGGGCACGGGGGGUGAGCAUUAUCAUGAGAGGUGGAGGUGGGUUGAAGGGAAGUGGCUCUUGGCGAGUUUGAAGAUGGUCAGGGGGUUUUGGAAGGUUAGCCAGCUGGAGGGUGCGGAGAAGGAAGUAGUGUAA